GUCAGGAUCGCGGUGCUUGGAGGUUGCAUGCUUGCCUUCAGUUAGUUUUAGACUUGUCUUUCUGAAAUCAAGUUGUGUCCGUUUCAUCAAGCUCACAAAACCAAAACACCAGCAACGAAAAAACAACAACCACACACAAUAUGGUCCGCAUCCGACUCUCCAAGAUCUUCAUGAAGAAAUCCAAGGCACAAAAGUCAAAGGGAAAGCAAGAACGCAUUUCCGUCGAUGGCAAAUACUUCACGGCCAUUCCUAGAUGGGAAACUGAUCUUACCGAAACCUCCAUGGAAGAGGACACCAUGGACGAUAGCUGGAAUUCUUCCGACUGCCGUGGUCACCACCGACAUGCACCUCUGGUGGCCAAAGAAGUACUAAUGGCGCAACGAGCCAAAGGCGUCCCAGUCAAGAUUGCUCCCGAGACCCGAGAAGACGAACAACGCAACUUGAACAUCACCAUGGCCCGCGCCAAGGAACUACCCAAAACCAGUUUUUUCACCAGCAACCACGUCAUGGUCAACCGCAUCCGAGCCAAGCGCAAUGUACCUCCGUUGAGGAGAUCUCCCGAACUGGACGAAGUGGCCCGGUGGCAUGCACAACAAAUGGCUGCCAAGGAAGAAAGUGCCUUUCAUCCAGAUCCUGCCGACGUUGUCGCACGCCUUGGCAAACCCAGUCGAAGAAUAGGAUCCAAUGUCACAAAGGGACAGUCAACACAACACAUGCAUGGCAAGAUGUUGGAGAAGCGAGGAGACUACAAUAACAUGAUUGACCGAAGGUAUAUCUCAUUUGGAAUGGGCACCGCCAAAGGCCCUGAUGGAGAGCUUUACAUGUGCCAGAUCUACAGAGGAUAAUCAUACUAAAAAAUAAACUCUGUUUGCCACUUG